AACCAAACACGCCCUAACGAAUUAGAGCAUCUCAGAGAACCUCGAGUAUAAAUAUCCCUUAGGAGACCCAAAGAAAACCCUAAAGCAGAGCCGCCUCUCUCUAUCUCUUGCACUCAUUUUGCAGCCUCUGCUCGGCUGAAUCCCAAGCCUCCCUCCGUUCAAGAUGAAGUUCAAUAUCGCGAACCCAACCACUGGCUGCCAGAAGAAGAUUGAAAUCGACGAUGACCAGAAGCUGCGGGUAUUUUAUGAUAAGAGGAUCUCGCAGGAGGUCUCCGGAGAUGCCCUUGGUGAUGAAUUUAAGGGUUAUGUGUUCAAGAUUAUGGGAGGUUGUGACAAGCAAGGGUUUCCAAUGAAACAGGGAGUGUUAACUCCUGGUCGUGUCCGUCUCUUGCUUCACAGAGGGACACCUUGCUUCCGCGGAUACGGAAGGCGCAAUGGAGAGAGGAGGAGAAAGUCUGUGCGUGGUUGUAUUGUCAGCCCUGACCUUUCUGUUUUGAACUUGGUUAUUGUGAAGAAAGGUGAGAGUGACCUUCCAGGGUUGACUGAUAUGGAGAAACCGAGAAUGAGGGGUCCGAAGAGGGCAUCUAAAAUCCGUAAACUCUUCAACCUUUCCAAGGAGGAUGAUGUUCGGAAGUACGUCAAUACCUACCGCAGAACAUUCACAAACAAGGCUGGGAAGAAGAUUAGCAAAGCUCCAAAGAUUCAGAGAUUGGUUACCCCGUUGACUUUGCAGAGGAAGCGAGCUAAGAUUGCAGAGAAGAAGAAGAGAAUUGCAAAAGCCAAGACUGAGGCAGCAGAGUACCAGAAGCUCCUUGCUAGCAGGUUGAAGGAACAAAGGGAAAAGCGAAGUGAGAGCUUAGCCAAGAAAAGGUCAAGGCUCUCUGCUGCUUCUAAGCCAUCUAUUGCGGCUUAGAGGUCUUGGUUCUUAAGGAAACUGCAUUUGAUUUUGAAGUCUGGAUAAUUGUUAGUUACUAUGAGAUGGUUUUCCUUGAUGUGUUGAUGGUUUCAGCUACCUGGCCCUAGUCCAUUUUGAGACUUAAUGGUUCCUUUGAGAAACUUUUGGUGAUUUUGAGUUUGUAGUUUGGAGCACUUGGCUUUGAACCGAGUGUGAACAAUGUUAUGCAGUUCUGAAUUAGGUUGGUUGCAAUAGUACGACUUAUAAGUUUAUGCUUUCUGUGGGCAAUUCUUAAUGGAACUUGACAAGUUUUGUUUUUCUUUUA